UAUUUGGUAGUGUAUUUUUACACCCUUCGUUGGAGGAAAGUAAAUGUUUGUCCGUAGGCAGGCAGCACACAUUGUUCAAUCACUUAACGAGCGGUCGAGCUGCGUUUGUGAUCAACUCGGCUCAACAAAAUAGAUUCGUUCUGUAGUGGAUCGCCGCUUGCACCUAACUCGUGCCAAAGAGGAAAAGAACCUAAUCAAAUUAGUUGUCACUCGUCACUGCAACAGUAGAAGUCGGAGCAGAAAUUUAGAGCAACAACGAAAGGAAUCUGUUCGGACUUGCGGUGACCGGAACGUGUAUUGGUGCGCAAACAGCAGUAGUGUCAGUGCAUUAUCACAUUUCGUUGCGAAUGACAGAGAAAGGAAGAGUUGUGCUUGUAUAGAGUGCGUUUUUGGCCCGCCGUACACUAAGGAGUGAAAAAUUUUCCUGAUAAUUCCGUUCUGCUUUUGCCCGGCGUGAUAAGCGGGUGCACUUUCUAGAGUCGAGUCAUCCUUCCAUGAACGCGUAGCUUACCCACCUCUCUCGGUGAGAACUAGUUUGCCGACCAGUUUAUUUGGAUCAUAUCAACAUUAAUAGUCAAUCGUCUUCAUCGCGCGUUAGCUGUGCGACCAACAAGGAACGCAUUUGGACAGGAAGUGAUAAUCUGCGGAGCAGUUUCCGCGACACGACUUCGUUCGUGUGUACCAGUGUUUAGUCAAGUUAGCCGAGUGUAGGGAGUCUAAUUGGGGGCGUAGAGAGCAGGGAGCAACGCCCGAAAUUCGACUUUAACAAAUUAACAAGCAUGAUGGCCGAAGCGGACAACACGGCGGAUGCAACGCGACGACUGAAUGUGAAAAAACAAACUCUCGACGAUGCGUACGCCAUACCGGCCAACUUUCUCGAGAUCGACGUCGUGAAUCCGAUGACCACCAUAGCAGCCGGAAAGAAACGCUACACUGAUUACGAAGUACGAAUGCGGACAAAUCUGCCCGUGUUUAAAGUAAAAGAAUCCAGCGUACGCCGCCGGUACAGUGAUUUCGAGUGGCUGAGGAACGAAUUGGAGCGGGACAGUAAGAUUGUGGUACCUCCGUUACCUGGCAAAGCAUGGAAACGUCAGAUGCCAUUCCGAGGCGAUGACGGAAUAUUCGACGAAAACUUUAUCGAAGAGCGACGAAAGGGUCUUGAGCAGUUUAUCAACAAAAUAGCGGGUCACCCGCUGGCACAGAAUGAACGGUGUUUGCAUAUGUUCCUGCAGGAGCCUGCCAUCGAUAAAAAUUAUGUCCCCGGCAAAAUACGUAACACAUAAAACGACGAAAGUUGCGGCAGGUGGUAAAUUGGUUGAACAGGUUGGUACAUAGGGAUUCAAAACAAAAAUACGGAAGAACCGAGAAAGGGUUGCAAUAUUCAGUUUGGAUAGUGAAAAGCUCACGCUGGGAUUUAUUGUCAUCAAACCGAAGGGAAAACGAAGCUAAAUCCCGCACGCAAACCUGGUGGUGAUGUGAGGAUGAUGCCACUUCAUUGUACGAGGGAACAAGUACAUCAAUAUAUGUAUGCGCUGUUCUCUCUUUUCCCGAUAACAAUCACAUAUAAUUUG